AUGGACGAUGCCGAGGGGCAGAGCGCCGUGCCGGCCAGCUCGGGGGCUCCGGCAGCCUCGGGCGCUCCUGACGCUCUGCAGUGGACCCAAGCCGUGCAGCAAUGGCAAGCGCAGGCCCAGGCCAUGCAGGGAGGCCAGCAGAGGAAGAACGGGGCUCAGGCAGCCCCGCCUUUUUAUCCUUUGGGCGCGGCGCACCCGUACAGCUUGUACCAGCCCUUGAUGGCGUAUCCGCCCUUCUACAACAUGCCCUUCCCAUACCCACCUGCCGCUUCAGCCGCCCAGGUCCCGAGUGAGCACGCGGCCGGGGCAUCAGUGGCUGAGAAGAAGCCUGGAGACACAAACGGGCAGAGCAAGAGCGGGGACGACUCUUCUAACCCGAACUCGAACGCUGAGGGCGAGCAGCCAGCCAGGACAGCCAGUGGGGGCGUGAAGCCCGAGCUGCACGCCCAGAGCCAGCCAGAUGCCGCCCCCUACCAGGGCCUGGUGCCCACAGACGCCACCGUCAACAGCACUGCUGCCCUGGCCGCGCUGGCUGCAGCGCAGGCGGCAGCCGCGAGCGGACCUGACGCCGUAGAGUUCUGGAGGCAGCGCGCCGGGCAGCUCGCAGGAUCCGGCGUGGACCUCACCCAGCUCGCCGCCAGCGCCGCAGGCCAGGCACAUGUUGUGCAGGAUGAGAGGGAGGUGAAGCGGCAGCGGCGCAAGCAGUCCAACCGGGAGUCGGCGCGGCGGUCGCGGCUGCGCAAGCAGGCAGAGUGCGAGGGACUGGGGCAGAAGGUGCUGGACCUGGAGACGGAGAACGCCAAGCUGAAGGAGACCGUCACCAUCCUGCAGGCGCAGCUGGAUGCCGCGCUCGGCAAGACAGCCGCUGCGGCCCCGGCAGCCGCCCCAGUCGGAUGA